AUGUCUGAGACGAUUGGGACUUGGCACAGAGCAUGUUGUAUUUCGAAACGAUUAGAUGGGAAGUUAGCCAUUGUCACUGGAUCGAACACUGGUAUCGGAUUAGUGACAGCUGGUGAGUUGGCUCGUCGUGGUGCUCGUGUCAUCAUGGCAUGUCGAAAUCUAAGAAAGGCUGAAGAUGCCAAAAAUAGUUUAUUGGAGAAAUGUGGUGCCAAUAAUCCACAGAGUGUGAACAUUGAUGUAGCGUGUAAACAAGUGAUCUCAUCGUUGAGUCCAAUUUACAGUGACCAACUCAUCAUUGAACAACUUGAUUUGGCUUCUCUACAAUCAAUCAGAGAAUUUGCCAGACGAAUCACAGUCAAUUAUUUAGAACUUCAUUUUCUUAUUAACAAUGCUGGUCUUGCAGUUAGUAAAUAUGAGAAAACUGUUGAUGGUUUUGAAAUGACAAUGGGUGUUAAUCAUUUUGGAACAUUCCUAGUAACGGAAUUGUUAUUACCUUUGAUAAAACGUUCAACUCCAUCUAAAAUCAUUAAUCUUUCAUCAAUGGCACAUUAUAAAGGUCAUUUAAUUAAACCAGAUUUGUAA